AUGCCUUCUCCGAGUUCAAGUCGUGCUGGAUCUAUGGCAUCUGCCCUUCCCAUUGACGACGAUGGCUCUUCACGCGUGUAUAAUAUCGUCAACAGGCUCUUCCACAGGCACUAUGAUAUCAACUCGGCGGAUGACCAGCCUCUGUUUUACGGGGAAAUAUCUAUGUUCACCCCUAACAAGCCCGAUGUUAUUCUCCAUGCUGAUACCAGCACCCGGGCUCCAAUUGUGGCCAUCUCCAAAUUUCUGAAGUCGUCCGGUGACUACAAAAUAGGCAUUGGGAACCCCGACGACAUAAAUACCGUCCAGUGGGAGGACAUGACCAAGGAACUCAUUCACAAACCAAAAUACCGCUUGGAGAUGACAAACGGGAGGCGGUCAUUCCUGUGGAAGCGAACACGAACCAUUGGUGUUGGAAACUCAGCACCAUCUCAAUGGACCGGCUGGAACUAUAAGCUUGUGGAUGAGCACACCGAGCAGGUUCUGGCCGUAUUUUCAGGUGCGAAAAGACUGGGACAAGGCGGGAAACCUGGAAUCAGAGUAGAAUACGGAGAGGACUUUGAUCGAAUGGUGUUCGUUUCUUGUUUAAGUCUGUAUGAGAAGGCGAGGCGGCGCAGACAGAGUUCAGCUGGUGGUGGAUGA